UUAACCCAAUAAUUUCCAGAAAGCAAUGAUCUUCAGAAGAUUUUUGUCAAAUUGUUGGUUGAAACCCCUCCAAUAUCACUCAUUUAUCAACGCCAGCCCCCAAAUUCGACGCUUUUCGGCCUAUCCCAGAUUUGAUUUCAGCUGUGUACGUGAGCCCGAUGAUGCCGUCCAUCAGUUCCGGAAUAUGAUGAGAAUGCAGCCGCCCCCUUCUGUUAUUAAUUUCAACAAGUUAUUGAGUGCUGUAGUGAAGAUGCACCAAUACUCACUCGCCCUCCACCUGUUCGACGAAAUGCUUCAAAGGGGUGCUCCUAUAAGUCACUACACGUUGAGUAUUGCGAUCGAUUGCUUCUGCCGAUUGAAAAGUCCUGAUCUUGGGUUUUCAAUUUUAGGCAUUUUCUUCAAACGUGGGUACGAGCCUAAUGUGGUAACUUUUAACACUCUCAUCAAAGGGCUUUUAUUGGUCAGAAGGAUCCCAGAGGCAGCAAAGCUAUGUUGGAAGUUGUCUGCGUUGCAGCUCUGCAAUCCCAAUGAACGUACAUAUAGUACUAUGAUUAACGGGUUAUGCAAAGCCGGAGGUACUCUUGAGGUGCUUGAAUUGCUUCAUCGAUUGGAAAAAGAUAGGUGCAAACUUAAUGUUUAUGCUUACAACAUAGUUAUUGAUGCUUUGUGCAAAGAUAGUAAGGUAGAUGCAGCUCUUCGACUUUUCUCCUCCUUGGGUGAUAAGGGGAUUUCACCGGAUGUUGUGACAUAUAAUACUGUAAUUGAGGGGUUAUGCAAUCAUAGAAGAGGGAAUGAGGCUGAAGACAUUUUGAGGAAGAUGAUAUCGAAUAAGGUCUGCCCCGAUGCAACCACUUGUACUAUUUUUAUAGAUGCUCUAUGCCGAGAGGGAAGGAUGGAAGAGGCUGAGCAUAUAUUGGUAACUGGUAUGAAGCAAAUUGAUGUCCAACCUAACAUUUCAACAUACAAUGCAUUGAUGAAUGGAUAUUGUUUGCUAGGACAAAUGGAAAAAGCUAGAAACAUUUUCCAACUAGCAGUGAAAUCGGGCAUCAAGCAUAAUGUUAGAAGCUACAGUAUUUUGAUGAACGGGUAUUGCAAGCUGGGACGAGUUGAUGAAGUUUGUCAUCUUUUUACCUUGUUUCGCACGAAAGGAUUGAAGCGCGAUGUGGUUUCUUAUAGCAUAAUGCUAGAGGCUUUAAUUUUUGAAGGCCGAUGUGAAGAGGGCUUGAAGUUGCUGAAAGAGAUGGAAGCUCUACAAGUGCACCCUAAUGUAUUGACUUACAAUAUCUUGUUAGGUGGCUUGUGCAAGGCUCAUCGUAUUGAUGAAGCAUUUUCCAUGUUGCAUACCAUGGAAAGCAAAGGCGUCAUUCCGGACAUAGUAACUUAUAAUAUCCUCAUUGAUGGAUUGUGCAAAGAUGGUAAACUCAGACGGGCAAAGGAUGUGUUUGUCGAGCUUCCUUCCAAAAAUUUGCAGCCUAAUGUCGUAACAUGUACAAUUCUUGUUGGUGCAAUUUGUAAAGAAGGUCGGAUAGAUGAGGCUAUGGAUUUGAUGAUGCAAAUGGUUAACAAUGGUUGCUUACCUGAUGUUGUCACAUAUAAAAUCCUUAUUGUUGCACUCUGCGAAGAAGGACGGAUAGAAGAGGCUAAGGAUGUGAUGAUGCAAAUGGUGAACGAAGGUUGUUUGCCCAACAGUGAGACUUACAAUGUUUUUGUUCAAGGUCUUCUCAAAUGGAACAAGAUGGACGAUGCAAUUCUUGUAUUGAAAGAGAUGAUUGCAAGAGGGGGAUGUACAAUUUGCGCCACCACUAUUUCGAUGUUGAGUGAACCUCUGCGAAGGGAAGGUAAUGAAAGUGUUCUAUUUGAUAUGGUUAUGAAACUUUUGCCAAAGAAGGUGUAGGCUAAUCUAGUAUAGACAUAGACAAGAAGCUAGAGAGAGAUAUGCAUAAAUUGAUUGAAAUCCAUAGUGGUCCAUUCUAAAACCAAUUGGUGAUAUGACGAGGGACUCAUUAGCCUUAUAUAGGGAUUUUUGUUCUCUUUGAUGUGGAUAUUGUUAUGGUUAUUCUUGAACCUCCAAGUUAAACCUUGAAGGGAUUGUACUUGUUUUUCCAGAUUGGUUGGACCAACCAUCUAGGAAAUUGGCCUUAGUUUAAAGUUCAGAUGUAUGUUGGUUGGUGGU